ACAUUUUCUAUCGGGAAUUACCCAUUUUGCCAACCAGUUGGCAGAUUCCAGGGAGAAAUUCCUUGAGUUAGAUCAGGGAAUAGACUCAAAUCUCCUAAAGUCAGAUCAAAAACAUGAUCAGGUUGAGGAAAAUAAAGGAGAGAAAGAUAAAGGAGGACCAUCAAUUGUUGAGAAAGCUGAUAACCAGAUACAGAAAUCACUUAGAAUCGAGCCGGUGGUAUUUGAUAUCAACAAGCUUGAACGUGACCCAGGAUUACGUAUGCCAAUAUCAAGUUAUCCCGUGGAAAAAAUUGAUGAAGUUCGACGGACUUAUGUUAACUAUGGUCCUUAUCAAUACAUUGGUGAAUAUCCAUCGAGCGGGUCUGGAAAACAUUCUCGUUGUUUUCAAGCGUCGUGGUUCAAGAUAUUUCCGUCUUGGUUAGAAUACUCUCCUACGAGUGAUGCUGCAUUUUGUUUACCUUGUUAUUUGUUUAACAAACCAGGUAAGCAUCACAGUCAGAAUACUUUUUUUGUUGAUGGCUUCAAAAACUGGAAAAAG